UACCUGGAGUUCGAGAGUUUAUCGCUCUCCCUCUCUCGGCGGGCUAAGCCGCCGGCGCAGGCGCGCUGCCGCGCCCCAUCGAUGUUUGAGGAGCCUCUGGGCCUGUCUCCGCUUAGCUGUGGGCCGCCCAGCCCCCCCUCAGCGUUGCCGUGGAGACGGGGCGCCGGGCUCCGCCCAGAGGUGAACACGGGCGGUGUAAGAGAUCCAAGGGGAGCCGCCGCCGCCAUGGAGUCGAGCAAGGGAAAACGUACUACCCCAAAACCACAUCCUCCAGUUGUAGGUGAGGUGACCCAUCACAGCAUUCAACUCUCUUGGGAUUUGGAAAAUAUAGCACAAAGAAAAGGACCUCAAGAGCAAUGGCUAAAGAUGUCAAUUGAAGAAGAGGACCCCAAAUUACAUACCUAUGGCACCAUUUAUACGGGAUAUGCUAGACAACAUGUCGUGGAAGGUCUUGAGCCGAGAACAACCUACAGAUUUCGACUAAAGAUCACUAGUCCUACAGGGGAGUGUGCUUAUAGUCCUGCUAUCUCUGUAUCCACUACUAGAGAGCCGAUGAGUGGAGAGCAACUUCAUCGAGCUGUCAGUAUGAAUGAUGUAGAGGCAGUUCUUAACAUUCUUCAGGGAGGACAUGUGAAGGUGGAUGUUCCUGAACUGGGCUUUACUGCUCUGAUGGUUGCUUCUCAGAAAGGAUAUGAGAGGCUUGCGAAAAUAUUGGUACAGAAUGGAACAGAUGUAAAUCAGAAGAAUGGAAGUGGAAAGGACAGCCUAAUGUUAGCAUGUUUUGCUGGUCACCUGAAUAUUGUUAAAUACCUCAGAGAACAAGGAGCUUCUUGGGAAGUCAGAGAUCUGGGAGGUUGUUCAGCUUUGCACUGGGCUGUGGAUGGAGGACAUUGUGAGGUUAUUGAAUGGAUGAUUAAUGAUGGCUGUCAGGUAGAUACUAAAGAUACAGUCUUAGAAUGGACACCAUUGAUGAGAAUUUCUGCAGUAACAGGGAAUAAGGAUGUGGCAUCUCUUUUAAUUGAAGCAGGAGCAGAUGUGAAUGUGAAAGAUAAAGAUGGCAAAACACCUUUAAUGGUGGCAGUAUUAAAUAACCAUGAAGAGUUGAUUCAGUUGUUGCUGGAUAAAGGAGCAGACUCUACUGUUAAAAAUGAGUAUGGCAAAAGUCUCCUAGAAAUGGCUAGAGGUUUUCACAGACACAGCGUGGUCAUUUUGUUAGAAGAAAAUAAGAGAAAAUUAAAUGAGAAUACCAGUUUUCCUCCACCAGCUCUUGGCUCACAGGCACGUGAGGUUUUAUGCAGCAGAAGGAGCUUUGGAAGAUGCCGGGGAGCAGAGGAAAAUACAACAGUUCUAGGAUUUUCCUCCAUUUGUGCUAUUUCUUGUAGAAGCCAAAUCUUCUUUUUAAUCAGAAAAGCAUGCCUAGUUCUUUCCAAGGCAAAGAUAAUGUCUGCAAUGAAAAUUCUGUUCUCUUAAUCCAGCCUUUCAAAAAACUGUCAGCCAACUAAUAGGAUUCACAUUUUGCUGCAGAUGCUAACUUUUUUUUCCACUCUAUUUACCUUUGUAAGAUGUAAAGUCGAAAUGGAACCAUUAAAACAAUAGUACUGUUAGGCAUGGCAAUUAACAAAUAAUUGAUUGUUUUUAUGCUUGUCCUCUGCAUCUACAUUUUUUCCAGGCAUGGGCUGUUUACACACCUGUCAUCUAACACAGGAUGUUUUUCUCUCUCACUUUGUGCUGGAAGGAAACUAGGCUAUUUCUUACUCUUCCGUCUGUCAUUUUACAUUUUAUUUGACAAUCUUCAUUCGCUUUAUAAUGAAUUUACUCAAAUAGCAGGGAUCUAUGAGGUGAAUCUAAAGGUUCCAACCCUGCUGAAGAACUAUAUGGAAUUUCAGGGGGAGAAGGGGUUAAAUUGUUUUGCUUGUUUUUAGUUUGCUUUUUUAAAAAUUGAGGAAAUUACACACACAAGUGUUAGAAGAAUGUUACUCAAGUUGCAAACAGAAGCACUGAAAAAGAAAUACCAGAAUUAAAGUUGCUUGUGCAACCUUAAUUCAGCCCUCUUAUCCAUAUGAAUUAGGAAAAGUCUUUAAUUACAUUUACAUACUGUUUUCUCCACAGUACCCCCUAUAUAAUGUUCAAAACAAUUAUAGCGGUAAUGUAUAUAUUAGAUGUACAGGUCUACUUACAGAGCAGGGUGUGCAGCUGGGUUGCUAUGCAGCUGGAAGGGAGUUGGAAGCUUAAACUAAUGACAAACUCACAUAAUGCUGAAACACAAGUUGUUUAAGGAAAUUUCAGGAUACCCAAAAGUAUGACACCAAAAGUAGCUAUCUAGCCUGCCUAAAGCUGCUUCUAACCUUUGGUAAUAGAAAAGAAGAUAAACUGCUCCUUCAAUAUUAACGUAAUUUCUGUUCUGCAAACGCUUUAGCAAGGAAUGUUGUAUGAGAAAUUAAGCUUAUGUUAGACAUCUAUGUUUCCUUCAUAUGCUCAGUAAGCUCUUUCAAAUGCAGCUUUAUGGCUCCCAAUGGCUAAAGAAAACACUAUUUGUAAAAAAGUUUUUUUUCUAUUAGUUUACCAUAUAUAAAGAUGGUAGUUCAAACUCCUAUAAUUUUUUUUCAAAUUUUUAAGUACAUAUUUAGAAAAUAUCUGCAUGUAUGUAUAACAAAAAAGUGCCUGUGAUUUAUAACAAAAAAAUAUGGUUGCAUGAAAUUUUACAGUUAUUUAGAGUGUCAAAAUGAAAUAAUUGACAUACCUAGCAAAGAAAGAUGCUAUCCUACUGAUUUCUUAGGUAGUAUCUUAUAUUUUUUUCUUGAUGUGGUGCUUGCACUUUUUUUCAAAAUCAUUUUGGUAAUUACAUAAGACAAAACAAAACAAAUGUGUUUACUGUUUAUUGAAUAUAGUAUUCUUAACAAUGGAGUGUAUUGCUAUUGCAACAUUACAUUGUGUUCACUUGUAAUACCUUAAAAUAACAAAUUCUAUAAGAAAUGUGUACAAAAGUAACAAACUGUUACAUAGCUAAGUGUGUGAAAAAGUUAAGCACAUGUAAGUUUAACUGAAGCAUGAUAAUUGAAUGGUUCAUAAAAAGUAAUGUGCUGGUUUAUGUAGGUUUAAUCUCAGAUCAUACUGUGCUAAAUGGUCUGCAGUUUAAACAGUUAAAAUUACUUAUCAGUUGCUACAUUUUUUUUUGAAGAACAAUAGCACCUUUUUUUCCAGAGUCUAACCAAGUGAAAACAUGCCUUGUAUUUUUAUAUAUAUUGCCUUAAAGUGCUUUUAAAAAUAUUUUUCUGUGACUGCUCUGUUAAUGACUGUUUACAGUCACUGGUCACACUUUUUAAUGCUUUGUUUAAAAGCCUAAAUUAAUACAUACAAAAGUCUUGUGUUGGUUUGAAAUAGAUGUGAAUGUAUAUUGGAAAGGCAGAUUCAGGUAUGUUGGAGAAGCAAACGCCAUGCAAAAGAGAGUAUGUGAAAGCAGGAAUUUGACAGCGAGAUGAAAGUUUAUGAGGUGACUUAGAUAACGUGUAGCACUUCCAUGGUUUUUAAAGUGCUUUAUUAAUACUAAUUAAGCUUCAAAACCACCCUAUGAAUUGGGUAAUUAAGUGUUACUAUAUCCAUUUCACGGAUGGGGAAAACUGAUGCUGAGAUGUUAAGUAACUUGUGCAAGAUGAAAAGGAGAAAUCUUUAUCAAGAGAAGGAUGAAAAUUCAGAAUCUCCCAAUUCCUACUCCCAUAUUUAAACCAUUAGACCCCACACUCUCUUAAAUCUGUAGUAGAUUAGUAUUUUAUUUUGUUUACUAUUAGCUAAAUUUAUAUUUAGCUAUAUUUUGCAAAAUGUGAUGAUGAUCCAUAGGGGCAUAAUCUCUUGUGGAUAGAUUUAUUUAGUUGUUCAGAAGGGAUAAUCUGUACGUAGAAUGAGUUCUGGCACUAAAGAGUUUACAAAAGUAAAUUUCCUAGUGUACUAAAAGAUAAUUAACGAAUGAAUCUUCCUUCAACUUUAUUGUAAAUGUCUAAAUGCAUUAAAAACAAACUAUAAGUAGUAACAUUUAUUGGGCAUUAGCAAAUAGCGCAAUAACAUUACAUUUUCAAAUAAUCAGAACCAAUCAGAACUGAUGCUAAAAAAAGUAUCUGCCAGGGAGAUAAAGCCAUGUACAGCAGCUUUAAACUAACUAGGCAUUUAAAAGAAGAUGCUCAGGUAGAAAAAUCACGCUUGUAUCUAUAUAAAAGCAACACCUAUGAUUACUAAAACUGAAAGACAUUAGAUGGGAAAAUCCCAUAUCUGUCUCUGUUUUAUACAGCUUUUGUACUUUGCAUAUUUAGUAAUUUUCACUAGUUUGUUGAUGGUCAUUUGUACUUCCAGUCCCAUGCACUAACAUAAUGCACCUUCAUGCAUUGCUCUGUGGAGAGCCCAGGUAUGUGCUCUUCCCCAGGUUCUAUGAGAGUGUUGUUUACCAGUAACAGCAGCAACAACGCUUUAAGUUUUUACCUCUCUAGAAUGAGGGAAUGUUUUCAAAGGGUUCAGAUCUCUCUGGCAUUCCCCAACCAGGACAUGAGUCAGCAAGUUUCAAGUAGGUCAUACAUACUUGUAUCAUAGCCUUUAACUGUAAAAUUAAUCUCAAAAUUAUCAUGUGUUCUUGAGCUGUUUUGCUUUAAAAAGUUUAAAUGUUUAAUAACUGUUGAUAUAUAGCCCCCUGUUUAGUCAGCUGUUUUAAGUAGCUGUAAAUUUUUAAUUUACAAGUUGGUUAAAGAUAUUUUUCAGAGAUUUCUCAUGCAGACUUAAGAUGAACCCUGGGAUAGCAAGCAUUGUCUUAUUAGUGAUGAUGCAUCAUCUCACUAUAGGUCAAAUAAGCAAAAAGCAUCAUCAUAUGGAGGUCAAUCUUAAAGUAUCAAGACUUAACUGUUAUGGUUCAGAUUAGUUUUAACCCAUUUAUGAUCUUUGUAAAUCCGUUUUGUGAGCAUGGGUGUUAACUGAGGCUCUGAUCCUGUAAUAAGAGCCAUACACACAACCUCACUGGAUUCAUGAAGCAUUUGUAAAUUUGGCAUUGCAAUAUUCAUGCUAGGAAUUCCAGCUUGUUAAAGAGGUAUUGCUUAGAGAUGCUGGUUACACUUUAAGGUUCCCUUUAUAAAUAGUUUUAAAAAGGUUAAUGGGUGAUUAUCAGAUGCUUUGAUACAUGGUUAAUCAAUUGUUAUAGAAUCCAACAGGUUAAUAGGUUACUUCUGGCUUAAAACCAUCUAUUGAUGUGCCUAUAACCACCUGUAAUAUAUGCAACUGUAACCCAUACACCUUCUGAGUGUGGUGUUCUGUCCCAUCUAGUGGCACUGAGACCACUUAGAGAGAAAUUAAUGAGUCUGCGCUACAGCCUUAGCCAACAGCUAUACGUCUUUUAGCUCAUACAGUAGAGGGUCAUGUACUAAGCUCCUAGAGGUCCCAGGUUUGAUCCUGCCUGACGACCGGGGUCUGUUGGUGUUACUCAAGCAUAUUCAAAACAUGAGUAGCAUCUAUUAAUUCUUUAUAAACCACAUGCAAAUGGAACCUUUUUUAAAUCCACGUUAUUUAAGAAGUGCACCUUUGUGUUUAAACACAUUGAUGAUGAUGAGGGGAAGUUGAUCUGGUUUAAAAAACUUUCAGACCAGUCAUUCAACUUCUAUUCCUCUAUAUCAUGUUUAAUACAUCUUUCACAAAAAUAGACUUAAAGAAUCAUACAUGUAUCACCCUAAUAAGCCUUAGCACCACUAAAGAGUACAAGUUCAAAUGAUUAGCUUCCUUGCAGCAGUUUGUGUGCCACUCUGUCACAAAAUUUUGCCAAGAGACAAUGGCCUUUAGUUUUAGUUUCACAAUGCCCAAUAGGCAUAAAAGGGUUCCCUCUGUAAGUAGCCAUUAUUUUCUUAUAUUUUGUUGAUUGUGUGGUUGAUGUGAUAGUGAACUUGAAGAAAUUUAGAUUGUAAGGCAGUGUAUACUCUUCACUCUGUUUACAUAUUUUGACACAAUCGUUUUUUAUAUAGUGGCCAAAAAUCCUCUUUGGUGCAUCUGCAUAGAGUUACACCAGGAAGAAUUUGUCUCCUGGUGCUUCUUAGUCUUGAAAUAUCUUAUUUUCAGAAAGAAUUAAGUUAUACAUUUUAGUUGCAGGCACUGGAAAAUUAGUGGUCUCAAGAGCUGAGAGGCUAUUAUAUAGGUCCAUAAUUUGACCUGUUCACAAUCUGCUGAAGUAUAACCUUUUCAUUGAGAAAUCAAGAAAGAGUUGCAAAAAAAAAAAUCCCAAUCCCCUCAAAAACCCCUUUAUUGGUCUUACAGCUAUAGUACUGUCCAUACUACUUUUGCAGGGUCUGAAGCAGCAAUUAAACAGUAUUUCCACCACUGCACACAAUUAUGCAGGGAAGCUAAUACAUAAAUAAGGAAAUAGACAAGAAAACCAUGUUGUAUUAGAAACAUGGGAAAAGUUUGUUUGCCAAAGGCUAAUGAAGAAAAAAAUAUUUACUUUCAAAUGAUGUGGUGGUUGGGAUUUUCUAAAACUAUAACACUUCCAUAGUAAUACUUUACAUGUGCUAAGCUCUGCAAAAACCACUGACUGCUUUCCUACCUCAGAAGGGUAUUAUCACAAAGAAAAAAAUACAGAAGAUUGUGUCUUUUUAAUAUUAAUAGAAGUUUUAGGACUAAGUCCCUGCAUAUCAGACUGAAAACUUCCUUCAGUAUAAUCUGAGGGUUCAGGUCCCAAGUUGCUGUAAAUUAUUACAGCUCCAUUGAAGUCAACAAGGCUGCUCUGAUGUACACCAGCUGAGAAGUUAACCCUUAGGUAAAAUUCUAACCUCACUAAAGUCAGUGGGAGUGUUGCCAUUGACUGCCAUGUGGCCAGAGUUUCACACAUAGUCUUUAAACGUUACCAGAAAUACAGAAAUAUUUUGACACAGUAUAGUCAAUGGGCCCCUAAAAAAGGAUGAUGAAAGGAAUGAAGUGUCCAUCUGAAACCUAGUGUGUUUUAAAAGUGAUGUAUUUUCCUAAUUCUGGCAACAGAACAAGAUGCCACUGAGGAGUUGAGGCUUUUAAAAACAAAAAUACCCAUCCAAAAUUCAUAAAAAGGUUGUUUAAAUAGCCACAACAGCACCUGGUUUUGGUGUUUCCAAUAU